AUGCGGAUACUUUGGCUACUUUCGCUGAGCACGUUCUUAAUCUAUGCUCAUGCUUGGGAAUCAAACAUGACCGCGGCGCACGAUGCACGCACACUCCUUGUAGAUGAGCAAACGCACUAUAUCAGCUCAGUGGCGACAGUCGAUGAAGAUCACAACGCUAUACUCGCAUAUGAAUACUUUGCGCCCUGUUUCGAGGGAGAGUAUGCAGCAGAUCUUUUGUACCUUGUACUUCCCGUAUCGCAGCUGUGGCGGCAUGUUCUAGCUGCGAGCCCGAUGUCCGCCACCGUGGGCGUGGCCUCGAGCCCUAAUUCGGAUGACGUCGACCUGCGGCAUGCGAACGUUUCGCGUGCAGGUCGAGUUCAGUGGGAGCCUGCACGCCCCAUGUGGCGGCGCGGCAUGGCGUCCAAGAACCGUCUGACUAUGUACGGUACAAUGCAUCGCCUCACGACAGAGACUACCGACUUGGACAAACUUGCCGAGUGCUUUGUGGCGCAUCACGAGGAUGCACGUAUGUGGCUCCCUGGAUCCAAAGAGAGUCCUCAUACCGCCUUCUGGAUGCGGUUCUCGCCGUCGUCCGUGUACUACGUGGGCGGCUUCGGUGACGAACACUUUAUUGGUGACCUGGACAUGAAAGCAUUCCGUGAGGCUCGAGACCGUGAUGUGAUCUGUGCGAGGCCACACCCUCCGCGCUGGCCAUCGGCCGAGGCGAACGGCCUGAAGGGCCGAUGUCCGUACGGCGUCAGUGGAACGUGUCGUACGUCUGGCAGCUUAUCGACGUCGCUCAUGAGCGUGGCUGCUGCGAAUGCGGCGACGUCAGUGACUGCCAAAGCGGCAGUCACACUGGUUCCCAUCAUUACAUUAGUUAUCGUGGGACUCGGCUCGCUUAAGGCGGCGGCACUGAUGCCAUUGGCCUUCCUCCCAACUGCUGCUCUGUACUGGUGGUGGGUGCGUGUCAAUCGCAUGAAUCCCGAAAACCGCGGAGAGUUAGAGCCGCUUAUCUGGACGUAUCUGAUUGUUGGUAUCGGUGGGACCUUCGCGCUCAGCGUCGCUCAGCUGAGUCUCUACUUUGUGCUGGUAUCGGUAACCAUGGGCCCAAGGGCGAGCGAGUACUGGACCGAAUUCCUGCGCGGCACCGUCGAGGGACUUUCAACGGAACAAAGGCAGCGCCGCUUCGAAAUGGCAAGCUCAUGGCAGCACUGGAUGCUCACGUUCCUCUUCUCCUACGUUAUGGCUGGUGGGUUUGAAGAGCUGCUCAAGUACAUGCCCGUGCUGUACGCGCGAAGACGCGACCGACAGUACAAAACAAGACGCGAUCUCGCCUAUAUCGACUAUGCGCUUGCUGGAGCCUUGAGCCUUGUGACCGUGGAGUGUAUCGGGUACAUCUCCGAUACAUGUGCAAGUGGCAUCCAAGGAUGGGCCGAGCCUCUGGUGACGCUCAUACAGCGGCUCGUGGCUGGUACCCUGGGACAUGUACUUGCAUCACUAUUGACGUCUUUGCGUGCGGUGCGCAGCGAAUUUUACGGGCCGCCCAUGUCCUGGAUCCGCAUCAUUGCGCCAGCCGUUGUAUUGCACGGCACGGCAAAUAUGGCUGUCUUUGUCAGCUGCACUAUGCAAGGCCAUGUUGGCUGGGUCCAUCCCACAGAGAUGAUCUCUAUUGUGGGGCUAUAUGGCAAUUACUUUUGUGUUGUGGGUCUCGUCGCCUUUAUGGUAUGGCGAGAGUACAAAACGCUCAAUGAGCACAUACCCAAGCAGUAG